AGUAGAGCAGUCUUUGAAGCAACGGUACUAUGAAAAUUUUCUUCUGCAUUUUAGCCUCUUUGGCGGCAGUCAGCGCAGGUGGUGGUUAUCUACCACGCAGUGGUGGUAGCUAUGGUGGCAACACUGGCGGUAGCUUUGCUGGAUCUUCUAGUUACGCCAGCGCGGGCGGAUUUGCACAUUCAUCUGGGGGUGGCGGUGGCGUUUACGGUGGGGCUGGUGGUUAUGGAAAAAGUGGUGGUGUCGGCGGGGGUGUAUCACACGUCUACCGUAAAACCUUGAGCACCGGUUCGGGAUUGGGGGGCGGGUCCCAUUCGACAUUUGUAUCAGUUGGCGCGCCUGCGGCCACUUACGUAAGUGUUGGUCGUUCUUACCGUGGUGGGCUUGGUAGCAGCGGUUGGAAAAGUGGUAGUCCAUCAAUUGGGAUUGGCGGCUAUGGAGGAGGCAGUGGUUUCACUGGCGGAUAUGGUGGCAGUAGAAAAGCUAGCUUGUACAGCUCUGGUCAUGGCGAUAGCUCUUCAACAUACAGCAGCGGUUCGGCGCUUGGAAAUUCCUUAGGCAGUGGUGGCUUAAACUCCUACGGAAAUGGUGCUGGCUAUGGCGGCUAUGGUAGCGGCGGUUUGUCUUAUGGUGGUGGCGCGAGUUCCAGUGCAGGAGCUUCUGCUAGUUCAAAUGCCGGUUGGGGCCUUCCUGCCAAUCAACAAUACUCGGUUAACCAUGGUUCGUUAGGCGGUGGUAAUGGCGGCGGUGUUGGUCUCUAUGGCAGUGGUUCAGGUGGUUAUGGAUUAUCGCAUGACUUUGGUGCUGGAUUGGGAAGUUAUGGCGGAUCUGGUGGUAAUGUUGGAUAUGGACAUGCUGCAGGUAGUGCUUCGGCCGCUAGUAGCUCUGCUGGAUGGUGGAAGAGUUAGUCGUCUCAACGUGACUUAAUAUAUGAGUGAC